ACCACAAACUGAAGUCAGAUCUGUGAACGGAAACGGAAACUGCAGCAGCACAUUCGCGCGUUUGUACAAGCUGUUGGCGCCACCGACACAAUUCAGUAAAUUACUGUCAGUAGUGGAAGAAUAGAGUUGGCUGUCUAGCGAAAAUUUAAUUUAAAAUUUAGCUAAUUUGUCUUUUUGUAGCCAAAUUACAUCCUCGCAGACAUGACGAAGCUCUCAGAGGGUGCGAUAGAGGCUCUAUCAAACAGCACCGGUGGCAACGACGCAGUCCUUCAGUUGGUGAACAUUCGCAAAAUUGAUGGAGGAAACGGUCCAGCUCGCUAUCGUGUGAUGAUGAGUGAUGGAGUGCACACUCUGUCCUCCUUUAUGCUCUCGACGCAGCUGAACUUCAUGGUCGAGGACAAUUUACUGGCCCCGAACUGCGUCUGCAUUCUGAAGAGGCAUGUGACCAAUAUACUCAAGGAUAAAAGACGAGUAGUGAUCAUUUUGGAAAUUGAGGUCGUCAAGCCUGCUGAAGAUGUUGCUGGAAGAAUAGGUGACCCUACUCCUUACACUGAGGGUCAAAACAAAGCACCGCAGUCGGCGACAAACUCUGAAAACCGCCAACCGCUACAGCAGCAACAUAAAAGUGAAGUGAACAGAGGUUUCAAUAAAGACUUUGGUAAAAAGACUCCAUCUGCUAUGCCCAGUACUCCAGGGGGUAGCUCUAAAGUUGUGCCCAUCGCCAGCCUCAACCCCUAUCAGUCCAAGUGGACCAUCCGCGCCCGUAUAACCAACAAGAGCAGCAUCCGUACAUGGAGCAACUCUCGUGGUGAUGGCAAACUCUUCUCCACGGAGAUGGUGGAUGAGAGUGGAGAGAUUCGAGUGACUGGUUUCAACCAAGAGGUGGACAAGUUCUUCAGCCUUAUUGAAGUUGGAAAGGUCUACUACAUCUCCAAGGGCUCCCUGAAGAUCGCCAACAAGCAGUACACAUCAGUGAAGAACGACUAUGAGAUGACUCUCAAUGGAGACUCCACCAUCAUCCCCUGUGAAGACAGCUCUGAUGUUCCCAUGGUGCAGUGUGACUUUGUCUCUAUCGCAGACCUGGAGAACAGAGAGAAAGACGCCAUUGUUGAUGUGAUUGGCGUGUGUAAGAGUGUGGACGAAGUGACCCGCCUCACCACCAAGGCCAACAGAGAAGUGUCCAAGAGGACGCUCCACCUAAUGGACAUGUCUGGGAAGCUGGUGACUGUCACGCUGUGGGGAGAGGACGCAGAGAAGUUUGAAGGCUCUGGACAGCCCAUCGUAGCCGUUAAGGGGGCGAAGCUUUCAGACUUUGGAGGACGGUCCCUCUCUGCAUCCUUCAGCAGCACUGUGAUGAUCAACCCCGACAUCCCGGAGGCAUACAAGCUCAGAGGCUGGUAUGACAAGGAGGGUCAUGCCAUGGAUGGACAGUCUCUGACGGAGAUGAAAGGCGGUGGGGGAGGAAACACCAACUGGAAGACUCUGGCCGACGUGAAGACGGAGCACCUGGGGCAUGGAGACAAGGCAGACUACUACACCUGCAUUGCUACCAUUGUGUACCUGCGCAAGGAAAACUGCCUUUACCAGGCUUGUCCUAGCCAAGACUGCAACAAAAAAGUGGUAGACCAACACAACGGCAUGUUCCGCUGUGAGAAGUGUGACAAAGAGUUCCCCAACUUCAAGUACCGCCUCAUCCUUUCUGCCAACAUUGCGGAUUACGCGGACAACCAGUGGGUGACUUGCUUCCAGGAGAGUGCAGAGUCCAUCCUGGGCCAGAAUGCAGCUUACCUCGGGCAGCUCAAGGACUCUAACGAAGCUGCCUUUGACGAGAUCUUCCAACAAGCCAACUUCCACACUUUUGUCUUCCGCAGCAGAGUGAAGCUAGAAACGUAUAACGAUGAGUCCAGGAUCAAGGCUACAGUGAUGGAUGUGAAGCCCGUCGACCAUAUGGAAUACAGCAAGAGGUUGAUCAUGAACAUAAGGAAACUGGCUGCUGAGUAGGAUCCUUGAUGCCAAGUAUUGUGAUUCUGCUACGGUUUUUCUUUGUUUCAAAGAGUCAACAAAGAGCUCUACAUGUAUGACAAAUUAGCUUGCAAAGCUUUUUGUGUUUAGUUUAUAUUUUGGUUAUGUUUUACUUCCUUGUGAAUAAGUGAUCCUCGAAGUACUUACCUUGACUGUUUGCCUUUUCUUUAUUUUCUGGCCUGAUGCAUUUUAUUUGGUGAACAUAGUGGACGAGGAUUUAUUUCCAUUCUUUUUGUUAUUUGGGUAAAAAGAGAGUGGGUCAGUAAACCACAAAAGAAAUCAUCACCGUGUCUGUCUUAAGUCAGCCAGUUGUUCCUGUACUGUGGGGGUGGUGACUGCUUUGAGCUGAAGACCAGUACGGUAGCUAGCACUCUUUUCACUUUAGUGCACACAGAACGGCUGGGCUGGACCUGCACAUCCCUGAUAAGACAGUUUGCUCUCUCACUCCGUCUCUCGCAUAUUGCAAACAUAAGCACAUAUACACAUGCACGGUGCAGACCUAAUGGGAAAAGCUACUGCAGUCUAUUUAAGUAGAUACAAGGUGUUGUCCAUAUUUCCAAUUCCUGUAACUGUUUUGUGUCUUCAGUUUUUGUGUGAUAAUUUUGGGAAUAAAUGUUUGUAAUCGGUA